UCAAUUAUCCUUUUGUGCUUUUCAAUAGUGCUCUAAAAGUACAUAUGGAGAAAUAAAAAUGAAUCAAUUAAGCUUACACGCUGUUUUGCUGUUUAUUAUUUUACGAUGUGGUGAUUUUGUUGUUGGUCAGGACAAAGAAAUUUUAAAUUUUCUAUCGCUAUCUGACGAAGAAAUUUAUUUAUGGAAUUCCACCAAUUUUCCCAAUGCCUACCCUUUCCAAAAUAAGACCUUAAAUAUUACUAGUGAGGAAACGUAUUUUAUAAAUGUAAAGAUAACGAAUUUGAACAUAAAUACAGACGAAAAUGGAGAUAAAUUAAUAAUCACAUCCUCAGAUUCCACGCAAAUCGAAGAAAUUACCAAUUCUACAACCGAUUAUGACUAUAACAUUACAUGUAGUGGUGCAGUAAUCAAGUUCUUAGUAUACGAUGAAAACACCAAAGGAAGUAACGGAUUUAACAUGACUAUACAACGAUUUUUAAAUGGUACCAAAAAUGAAACUGUAGUAGAAGAUAAAAUAACAGUGUCGAUUACUGGCAAAAACGCUCUGGAAUAUAAUAAUAGUGCGACCAUUAUGUCGCUAAAGAAUGUAAUUGCUAAAAUGGCUACAGAAUUUUGUUCUCAUAAAAGCUUCGUAUUGAAUAAUUCAAUUACGGCUGAUAAUGUCACUAUUACUUAUUUAAACACUUGUCCUUCAAACUGGGCAGAAGCCUCUACAUGUGUUACAUUAACUUUCGCCGUCCCUAUUGCGCUCGCAGAUGAUUAUUUUGGAUAUCAGUUGAAUUCUACAAGUCUACAAGAAAUGUGGGACAAAUUGGCGCAACGUUAUUUGAAUACUAUAGGAUUGGGCAUUUACGUAGGAAAAGAUGGAUCAAAAUAUUUGACCACGUGGAUUUUGAUUUUUUCCAUCGUUUUGGUUGUUUUUAUGGUCGCAAUGUAUUUGGUGAGAUGCCUAAUAAAGCGAAGUGUAUACAGAAGCUCAGGGAAGAGGAAUAUAAGUGAUAUGGAUACAAUUUGGAAAGAAAGAGACAGUGUGAACGAAUUUCAUUUGGGACCACAUCCACUCCAAGACGUUCCACCGUUCUUUCAAUCUCAAAUACAAGAUUUUGAACCGGGAAUAACAGAGGCUGAGCCCACACCAAUGUACUCUUCCGAUAGCAGACUUGGGAAUAUAAAGUUUGGGUAUAAAACAAUAACUGAGAGUGACGAAAACGUUGUUUAUUCAAGGUGGGCUGGUAAUUUUCCACAGGGAUCUACCGCAUAAUAUAACUAUAAAGUAUAUAUUUUUUUAUCUAAAGAAUAGAAUUAAGGUAGUAAAAAACGUUUUCAUUCAUUCAUAUUAUUUUCUAAGCGAUGCUCUUUGUUUUGAUAUUAAGUUAAAUAUACUAUUUUAGGAUCCUGAAAA